AUGCUUCAGACUCGGCCAAAUGUCGUUAAUUUUGUUUGUGGAAAGUCUUAUAUAGGAAUCUGGCUGAAAAAGUUAUUUGCCGAAUGGAGUCGGCAAUCGUCUCAGCGUCUUUUCGAUCUAAAUGCUGAGUUUAUAAAAUGGAUACAAGACACUGAUGCGCAGAUUGAUGACUCUCAAAUGAUUUGUGAAGCAGAGUCGGGUAUCAUCGAUUUCCCGGUUGUCAGUAAAGCUGCUGUGCCGUUUGAGAUUGAAUCAUCUGGGCGAGCACGAAAAUGGAUCUCAAAUCAGAUGCACCUCCUACAGGUGUGUCCCUCUGCUGCUCUACCGGACAAUAAGAUCAUGGAAUGGUGCCAGAUCAUCAAAAAGAACCAUGCUGAUGUUGUUGAAGUGCACCUUCUUGAAAUGCUCUAUCAUAUUCGUGCCAUGAAUCUUAGUGGAGCUUUGGAGUGUCUUCGAUUAUACUUCGAUUAUUCUAUGUUUCGAAUGAGCGACGUAGUGAUCCCUACUACCACUCGCGCAUGUCGGAUGGGAACACUUGACCAGAGAUCUCUGAGGUUUUCGUGCCUUCUUCAAGCAAGACUUUGUAGAUUAUUCGGUGACAAACAUGCUGCGCGUCUACUCCUUAGCGAAUGUGUUCAACAAGCACAAAAUCACGAUGUCGCCUGUUUACGCAUGGCAAUGGUCGAACUGGCCGCUUUGGAAGCUAUGCCCGCAAGUGAAUCCGAUUUGAAGACGAAUUUGGAG